GGGAAAUACUUAAUGUACACACAUUAUACAUGUGUUGUACAUGGUAUAUAUAGCUUUUUUUACCUUUUCUUUUUAGAAUUCACUUCCUCCUUUUCUCUUCACCUCUUUCUCUCCCUACAACCUUUCCCCUUCCACGACAACUCCUCCACUCUUUCCCAGUUCUUCACUUUUGGAAAAUCCCACAAACCCUACCUCUCUCCUUCAAUUCGUAAUUAUCUCUUGUUUUUUUUCUCCUUUUUUGUUCUUGUUGUGGAAGACGGGAUGAUGAAGCCUACGACGUUAGAUUCGUCCGUUCGUUUCCGCUGGCAUAUUCAUUUCCCCUUCAUCUUCCUUCAAACAAAGGCUUACUCUCCGCCUACUCAUCGGGCUGCUGACUUUCCCUCCGGCUAUUCAUCGGGAUUCUCUCAGUCAAUCAAAAGAUUGAUAAGAGUGAGGUAAAGACAAAGAAUUUUUCAUGGUUGCUGACAGUGAGGCUCACAGAGUGGACGUGGGAGCAGUGUGUAAAGUUAGUCAAAAAGUGAAAGAAACAUACCUUUAUCUUUUUCAGAAAUGCGAGGGAGUAGAUGAGAAUAUGAGAUAUGGACAAAACUGAGAUCUCGUUAUAGGAGAAUAUGUAGAACUUUGUUAGAGUGCAUACAAGAAAUUAUUGAGGGGGUAGAUACUGAGAGUUGCUUUACUUUUGUUGUAACAUUAUGGAG